CGCUGCGGCCGCGGAGCAGGGUGAACGGUAGCGCCGUGGAAGAGGUGGCGGCGCUGCGCGGGGCGCGGCGGGCGGAAAGAGGAAGAAGGAGCUAGUGGUGCACGAUGGCGGCGACGACCUACGAGCGGCUGAAGCUGCACAUCACACCUGAAAAAUUCUACGUGGAAGCUUGUGAUGAUGGAGCGGAUGACGUACUUAUCAUCGAUCGCGUGUCCACAGAAGUCACCCUGUCAGUCAAGAAAGAUAUUCCUCCUUCAGCUGUCACAAGACCAAUAUUUGGUAUCCUGGGCACAAUCCAUCUGGUGGCAGGUAAUUAUCUAAUUGUCAUUACCAAAAAGACAAAAAUAGGUGAAUUUUUCAAUCAUGUAAUCUGGAAAGCAACAGAUUUUGAUGUCCUUUCUUAUAAGAAGACAAUGUUGCACUUAACUGAUAUUCAGUUACAGGAUAAUAAAACUUUCUUAGCGAUGAUCAACCAUGUCCUGAACGUGGAUGGGUUUUACUUCUCAACGACGUAUGAUUUGACCCACACCCUGCAGCGGCUGUCCAACACGAGCCCAGAAUUCCAAGAAAUGAGCCUCUUGGAAAGGGCAGAUCAGCGGUUUGUGUGGAAUGGUCAUCUUCUAAGAGAGCUUUCUGCGCAGCCAGAGGUCCACCGGUUUGCCCUGCCUGUGUUACAUGGCUUUAUUACUAUGCACUCGUGUUCUAUUAACGGAAAAUACUUUGAUUGGAUUCUCAUCUCGAGGAGGAGUUGUUUCAGAGCUGGUGUGCGCUAUUAUGUGAGAGGAAUUGACUCUGAAGGCCACGCAGCCAACUUUGUGGAAACAGAGCAAAUCGUGCACUACAGCGGGAGCAGGGCCUCGUUCGUGCAGACACGAGGAUCAAUACCACUUUUCUGGUCUCAAAGACCAAACCUCAAGUACAAGCCACUGCCACUGAUCAACAAAGUAGCAAAUCAUAUGGAUGGUUUCCAAAGGCAUUUUGAUUCACAAGUCAUUAUUUAUGGAAAACAAGUCAUAAUCAAUCUGGUUAACCAGAAGGGCUCAGAGAAACCACUGGAACAGGCAUUUGCAACGAUGGUGUCUUCCUUGGCAAGCGGAAUGAUCAGAUACAUUGCUUUCGACUUCCAUAAAGAAUGUAAAAACAUGAGAUGGGAUCGACUGAGUAUUCUGAUGGAUCAGGUAGCAGAAAUGCAGGAUGAAUUAAGUUAUUUUCUAGUGGACUCCGCCGGCAUGGUGGUGGCGAGCCAGGAGGGCGUGUUCCGCAGCAACUGCAUGGACUGCCUGGACAGGACCAACGUGAUCCAGAGCCUGCUGGCCCGCCGCUCGCUGCAGGCCCAGCUUCAGAGACUGGGAGUUUUGCAUGUGGGACAGAAGCUUGAAGAGCAGCAUGAUUUUGAGAAGAUUUACAAAAAUGCCUGGGCCGACAACGCGAAUGCGUGUGCCAAGCAGUACGCGGGCACUGGCGCCCUGAAGACAGACUUUACCAGAACUGGGAAGAGGACUCAGCUGGGGCUGCUCAUGGACGGCUGGAACUCGCUUAUACGCUAUUACAAAAACAACUUCUCUGACGGGUUUAGGCAGGAUUCCAUAGACUUGUUUCUCGGGAACUACUCAGUGGAUGAACUGGAAUCUCAUAGUCCUUUAAGUGUCACACGGGACUUGAAAUUCCUGGCUCUACCCAUCAUCAUGGUUGUGGCCUUCUCGAUGUGCAUCAUUUGUUUGCUGAUGGCUGGUGACACUUGGACAGAAACACUGGCCUAUGUGCUCUUCUGGGGAGUCGCAAGCAUUGGAACAUUUUUUAUUAUUCUUUAUAAUGGCAAAGAUUUUGUCGAUGCUCCCAGAUUGGUCCAGAAAGAAAAGAUGGACUGAAUUUGUGUCUGUGGAAAGCGGCUCGGCUUGGAAGAUUCCAUCACGCAGAAUUGGAGUCUUUACUGACCCGCUUUCCACAUCAGCCCGAGGUCCUUUUAAAGCCUCUCUCCAGAAGCACACCUUGUGCUCCGUUUGGGGGGCAGGGUUGGGGGGGGUGACCUAGAAUCAGCCUGACGCUCCUGCCUCGAUGGCUUCUUCACUACUGGGACUGUUUAUAAUUUUGAAACUCUUCCGUAAUUAAAGGGUAACCUGAAUUCAGCUCCCCGAAUGGAAGGAAUCUACUUCUUGUCGAUUUGAUCAACUUUUACAGGAUAAGUAAUAUAUUUAAGAAAUCUAGCGUCUUUCGUUAUUUAAAAUGGUAAAAUUAUUUUUCUAGCUCAGUUUCCUUAUGGUCUUUGUAGAGGCCGUCACUGUUAGCAAGCGGACUUCCGUACCCAUCUGUGGACGUUCUUAAAAGUUGAAGAAUCUGCUAACUCGACUAUUUAGACAGAGUGUGUCUUUCACGGACGUCGAGUGGUUUGACGGCCGGCCUGAGACCUUAUUCCUUGUAGGACGGGGUCAGGUCUAGUGUUCUUCUGAAGUUUCCGUUGGGCGGUCUUCUGAGUUCAGCUCAAAUUGAGUAUGAAGAAGAAGUUUGGAUGAUACUUUAUCUUUUGUUAAAGGUAUAAAUGAAAUCAAAGAAUGUAAAGCCCGUGUCUUAUGCUAAAGGCCCAAAGCCGCCUCUGCUGUAAGCAUGUGCCCCCCGUGCGGAGGACACCCUGCGACUGGCCCACCGGUCCCCCCCGGGGAUGCUGUUUCUCUAGGGGUCGUGCAGCGAGACACGCAGGCCUCUGAGAGGCCCGCGCGCUGGACCUGGUGUUGGCCUUGGAGGCCCACAGCCGCUUCCCGCGCACGGCGCCGUCUGCGCUCUCCACCCGUAAAGGUUUGUUAGCUGCCCAGGUGCGCCUGCAGUGUCUGCUCCGGGUCGUUAGGUUCGCGUUCUCCAGAUCAAGGACCAACUUCAAUGUUAAUUUAUGUGCAAAAACAAACCUGAGAAAUCUGCUUUAGAAGCUGUGCAUAUUUCUAAUCAUAAGUUGGACUGCAUAUUCAAACUGUAAUUAUGAGGUUUAAAUAUUAGAAGAGUCAUAGGGUAGUAUAAUCCCCACUGUUUUAAGACAGUUCAAUUAAAUACGGCUGCAAGAUUUAUGUUGUGCUUGAAAAUAUGUACAGUUUAUUUCAGUGUGAUACCUUACGUUGUCCUUAAACGUCUUUUCAAAGCGCCUUUGUUUCAACAGGACUUUUUUUUUCCCCCCAACAUUAUCUUUUAUAAACAUUAUUAAAGAUGUUGCUUCUAGAAACUCUAAAAGAUAAUAGCUGGACACCCUCUGUAGCUUAAAAAUCAGUCCCUAAAACUCACAGUAAGCUAAGUAAUUAUUAGAACUACUAUUCUUAACAUGUACAUAAGCAUACUUUGUUCCAAAGAUGAAGUGUUUGGACCUUGGUUCGUGUCUACUGUACUGUAUGACUCGAGUGCUACCGGCCGCUUCACGGGAAGAUCUCCCUGCCACAGCCACAGCUGAGACCAACUGAGAGCCGCCAGCGUGGACGGACGGACAGACGGACACCGGUGUGUCCCAUCUGAAGGCGUCUGCAUUCCAGAACCCUGCGGUGAUUUUAUUUCUAAAUUCGUGUACUGUACACCCCUACAUGGAAAUAAAUGUCCUAUUCUUUUCUA